AUGGAGCCGGCGGCCACGAGCAUCCAGGUGCUGCUGCAGGCAGCCGAGUUCCUGGAGCGGCGGGAGCGCGCCGCGGCCGGAGCGCGCUCCCCGCCGGGGCCGGCCGAGGCCGAGCACGGGUACGCCUCGCUCUGCCCCGCGCGGUCCCGCCGCGCCGUGGGCAGCGCCAGGGCGGUGCACAACGCGCUGGAGAAGCACAGGCGAGCACAGCUCCGGUGCUGCCUGGAGCGGCUGAAGCAGCAGGUGCCAGCGGGAGCAGGGCCGACCCGUCCCACCACACUGAGCCUCCUCCACCGAGCCCGGCUUCACAUUCAGAGGCUGGAGGAGCAGGAGCUCAGGGCACGGAAGGCCAAAGACCGGCUGCGGAACCGGCAGCGGAACCUGCAGCAGCGGCUGGAAUGGUUGCUCUCACCCACUGGUGGGGAACGGGCACGGGCUGACAGUCUGGACUCGUCACAGCUCUCUGAGGCAUCCGAGGAAGAGGAUGUUGAGAUAGAGGUGGAAGGCAUGGCGUUCAGCGGGGACCUGCUGCCCAGCUUUGGCUCUGGGAGGGACCACAGCUACUCCAGCCCCUGCAUCCCUGCAUCCUGACGGCACCUGCUGCCUUCCCUGUGCUGCCUGCCUGCCUCCCCCCUGCCUGCUGCCACCGGACAUGCAGGCUUCUCAUGGCUGCCCGGGUAAGGGGCACCCAGUCUCGCCCCCACAGGUGGCUGCUAAGUGGCACUGGCCAUGGUGCUGGGCACACAGGGCUGGUGCAGCACUGUGACACCCACUGUGCAGCGCAGUGCGCUCUAAGAGCAGCUGGAAGAGGUCCUGGCUGUGCCAGGGACACCCUCCUACUCCCCCACCAUGAGGGCUGGGGGCUUCCUGGCAGGGGUGUGAAGCAGCCCUGCCCCCAGCAGACACUGCUAUGGGAGGGCUCUGCCAUCCCUGGAGAGCCAGGAUGGGGAAACAAAUGCAUUAAGCAACCUGCCUUCACACCCCCCAACCACCCUCUCUUGUACAUACCCCACACUAUUCUAGUAAAGGCACUUGGUGAAA